CCCCUCCAAAAAGAAAUAUUAAAUUAAGUGGGUUCUUUGUGCAUUGCAUGUGCUGUGGAAUCACACUGUUCCCCUUUAUCUGCUGUUAACCCCAUCCCCCUAUGGCAUCUUACACAUAUAAAACCUACACUCUGCUUCUUUUUGGUGAUAGGAAUUCGGAAUUCGGAAUUCGGAAUUCUACAGCUCCGGUGACAUUUUUUUGUUGAGUUAUAGUCGUAGCGGAAAUGGUUGAGGAAGCAAAGCAGGAGCAAGCCAAGGCAGAGGCGCCCAAGCCAGAAGAGAAGAAGGAAGAGAAGGCGGAGGAAGAAAAAAAGGAGGAAGAAAAAAAGGAGGAGCCACCAAAGCCUCCAUCUCCUGUUGUGUUGUUUGUGGACUUGCAUUGUGUGGGAUGCGCUAAGAAGAUUGAGAAGUCCAUUAUGAAGAUUCGAGGAGUAGAAGGAGUUGUGAUAGAUAUGUCUCAAAAUCAAGUGAAUAUCAAGGGAGUAGUUGAGCCUCAAGCAGUAUGCAACAACAUUAUGAAGAAAACCAAAAGAAGAGCUAAAGUUUUGUCCCCAUUGCCUGCAGCUGAGGGUGAUCCUAUGCCAGAAGUCGUUAAUUCUCAGGUUAGCGGGUUAACAACCGUGGAGCUCAAUGUUGAUAUGCACUGCGAGGCCUGUGCCGACCAACUCAAGAAGAAGAUACGAAAAAUGAGAGGAGUGCAAACCGUCGUGACAGAGUAUGGCACCGGAAAAGUCAUGGUGACAGGCACCAUGGACGCCAACGAGCUGGUUGAAUACGUGUACAGACGCACAAAAAAAAAGGCCCGAAUCGUGCCUCAACCCGAACCUCAACCUGAGAAGAAGGAAGAGACCAAGGCACCGGACAAACCUGCAGAAGAAGCAAAACCAGAAGAGAAGAAGGAAGAAAACACGGAGAAAAAGGAAGAGGAAAAGCCCAAGGAGGAAGCCAAGAAAGAAGAAGGUGAAAAGGACGGGGAAGAGAAGAAAGAAGAAAAGGAAGAGGGGAAGAAGGAAGGGGAAGAAAACAUUAACAUUGAGGAGGAAGUUAUGAAGAGGAUGAUUUACUAUUACCAGCCACUUUACGUGAUCGAGCGAAUGCCACCGGCGCCGCAGCUCUUCAGUGAUGAGAAUCCGAAUGCAUGUUGCAUCUCAUAAUAUAUUAUAUUAAGAUAAAACACUGUCUUGGGUCCCUGCCACUGGUGAUGAUAAUUUUAGAGAAAUACGGUGGGCGGUGCCUGUGUAAUAAUAAGAUCAUUUUCUAUAAAAAAUGUUUGGGUUGUUUAUUGUACUAUAUUAAACUAUAGAAUUAGGG